AUGGGAUGAUAAAGCCAGCAGAGGUGACAGGGUCACCGCGGAGCCUGCCGCUCCUCCGCCACCAGCGACUUAGUCCUGUGGUUCUUUGAGUCAGCCCGCGGCUCGGGGCCUCCGCCGCCCGUCGUCCGCCGAGGUGGUUGCGGCUCUGAUGCUGCGGCAGGCUCCGGACGCCCGGAGCUCUGGAGGAAUUUAAGAAGCUUUUAUUCAUGUGCAUGCCAUAGAAGAUGGACUCAUCUUCUUCUACUAUGAAUGAAGAGCCUGAUGCUCUGUCAGUAGUUAACCAGCUACGGGACUUAGCAGCAGAUCCAUUAAAUAGAAGAGCCAUCGUCCAGGAUCAGGGAUGCUUGCCUGGCCUGAUUUUAUUCAUGGACCAUCCAAAUCCCGCUGUCGUCCACUCAGCUUUGCUUGCGCUCCGAUACUUGGCUGAAUGUCGUGCAAACAGAGAAAAGAUGAAGGGAGAACUGGGGAUGAUGCUGAGUUUGCAGAAUGUCAUCCAGAAGACUACAACUCCAGGAGAAACAAAACUUCUGGCCUCAGAAAUCUAUGACAUUCUUCAGUCCUCCAAUAUGGCUGAUGGUGAUACUUUUAAUGAAAUGAAUUCACGUAGAAGGAAAGCUCAGUUUUUUCUGGGAACUACAAACAAACGUGCCAAAACAGUAGUUUUGCACAUAGAUGGUCUCGAUGACACGUCUCGGCGAAAUCUAUGUGAAGAGGCUUUGUUAAAAAUUAAAGGUGUUAUUAGCUUUACUUUUCAAAUGGCUGUUCAAAGAUGCGUGGUGCGAAUUCGUUCAGAUUUGAAAGCGGAGGCUUUGGCGUCAGCAAUAGCAUCAACCAAGGUCAUGAAAGCUCAGCAAGUUGUGAAAAGUGAAAGUGGGGAAGAGAUGCUGGUCCCUUUUCAGGAUGCCCCUGUGGAAGUGGAAGAGAACACAGAGCUACCUGAGUACCUGCCUGAGGAUGAGAGUCCCACAAAGGAACAGGACAAGGCAGUGUCCCGGGUUGGAUCACACCCUGAAGGUGGAGCCAGCUGGCUGAGCACAGCUGCAAACUUUUUAUCCAGAUCAUUUUACUGGUGACUUCAACUUCAGUUUGGGGCUCAAGGACUGUGCGAACCAACAGGGGGCCAGCUUUCCAUUGUUGUGGUGAACUGUCAAGUGCAAUUGCAAUAAAUUAUCAUGGAAAGUUUCUAGAUUACAUGACUAUGUAUGCUGCAUUUUACAUCUUAUUGGACAUUUUCCGCACAAGACAGAGGCUACAGGUCAAGUUGUUUAGGAAGGUAUUUUGGUAUUGUUUUCCUUUGCUUAAUUGCCUCACAUUUUGUUUUGAAAAACAUGGGUCCACUGUUAAAACCAAAUGUAUGUGUAGCUUUAUAUUCUGUUUUACAGAAGCAUGUGAUUAGGAAAACUCAUUUUCUCCUCAAGCCUCAGGAGAUUUCCAAAAAGUUUUGCAUAGCUCAAGUUGUGCAUGAAUUACCAAUUUUUUUCCCAGCUUUUCUUCAUGAACGAUCUAUGACAUGUGCUUUGGUACCCUUUUCUGAAAGGUGAAAACAUACCUACUUAGCUCCCUUUUGUGCCUUUUUUAUGUUGCCAACCAUGUUUUAUAGAAAAGACAUUAGUAAUGCCAUUUUGCAAGUGAAAUUAUGUUCAUUUGAACACAGAAGUACCUAAAAAGGAAAAAAAAAAAAAAAAAACCUCUACAAAAAGCUGUACAGUCUUCCUUGCUAUAAUUUAGUAAGAUUACUGCAGGCCAGUUAAACACAGGGACGCUAGCAGCUGUACAGUGCUUUGGGGAGAAACUGAAUGUGGCCAAGCAUGGCUCUGUUGACUCCUGCUCACUUAGGCUAUAGUGGCUUUUAAGAAUUAAAUCCACUGUGAUGUUUGAGCAGCAGAUGGCCUCUUGGCCUUGCUCUGUGGUGACACUGUAUUCUUAGAGAAAAGUCAUAGAUUAAACAACUGACAAACUUGAAAAAGAAAACUAAAUUGGAUGCCUAGAAUGCCACAGUGCCACCUUGGUCAGUCUGACGUUAGACAUCGACUGCCUGGACAUACCCAUCCCAGAGAUGACGCUUCUUAUUGCCUUUUUCUGGUUAUUAAGAAAGUACUGCAGUCAAUUUGACUAAAACAGGAUCCAUGGUAUUGUUUAGAAGGAAAGCAAGCCAGCACUGGUCACUUAUUUCUAUUUUUCCUAUCUAUCCAGAAAACUGACUUCAGUGAAGGUAAGAUACAUAAAUAGAGACAUACACUUGUGUUUUUCUUUAAGACUGAAUUACGUGUAUGCAAUGCUUUCUUAAGAUUUUAAAAUAUUUGACAACUAACAUUUUCUUUUUAGAAGUCAGCUAAAUGUAUUUAAAGGCAACAUCAUUAAAACUAACAGGAAGAAACUGAAAUGCAUCUUCACCAGGUAGAGCUGCUGUUUUGCUACUUGGAGAAUGUGAAGUGAAUUUGGACCCUGGAGGGUUUCCUUGCAUCUUUGUUGUUUCUGUUUUAGAGACCUUUGAAGCCACUGCUGUUGCUGGGGAGAAAUAACCAUACAAUACUAUGGCCGUGAGACCAUGACAUUCAUUAACUUUGUGGCUUUCGGGAAGGAGGGUGUUGAAGGUAUUUAGAGCAUUUUCUCUAUGCCUGGUCUGUGAUUCAAGUGCUAUGUACAAGCAGAAAGCAGAUGUUUUCAGGGCACAUUGCUAGCCUAUAUUUCUACUUGCUGCCAGAACCAGAUAUGUUGACAAAACAACAAAUCACCUCCUUUCUAUAUCUAUUAAAGCAAAGUUUACUUUCUGUUUCAACAGGUUUUUAUUUUAUUUUGCAUCAUCACACAUUUAUUUAAAAACUAUAGCCCUUUUGGUAGUGAUGGUCCAGGUCAGUUGGUAUUUUGGACUGAUGUUUAUGUGUAUCUAGGUGUGCUUGUUGGACUCUCGGAGAACUUAAAGCAACUAUAAUGGCAGUUUUUGAAAUAUAUUGUAAAGUAAUAAAAGAUAACAAUGAACAUCAAGUGGACAUUGUAUUUUUAAAUUUUUACUUAUCAGUUCGCCUGCCUACCCAUCCAUCCAUCCAUCCAUCCAUCCAUCCAUCCAUCCGUCCGUCCUCUAUGUCUCUGUGUGCCCAUACCUUGGGGAGUCAGGAGAGUAUUAGGUCCCUGGAGCUGUCGUUACAGGCAAUUGUGAGUUGUCUGAUAUGGUUGCUGGGAGUUGGGCUCAGUCCUCUGCAAGAACAAUACAUGUUCUUAAUCACUGAGUUAUUUCUCUAGCCCUGGGAUAUUCUAGUAUAAAGAUUGACUCUUAAUUACUUUUUUUUGGGGGGGGUGCAAUGCUGGGUAUCCAACCAGUGACUCAAGAGUCUAUUUAAACUUGUUUGAAAUUAUCUGUUUAUAUAUUUAGAGACAGGGUCUUACUAUCUAGUCCAAACUGUCCUGAACCAUGUAUGUGGUCUACCUUAACCUUGAGCUCUCGAGUCUCCUGCUUACAUCCUGAAUGGCAGGAUUAUAGGCAUGUAUCAUCAUGCCUGGCUCUUUAGCAGUUUGCAAACAUACUGUGUGACACAUAGUCUUAGCUCUAUAGUUGCAAGAGUUAGGGGAAGUACUUCACCUGUUACUGUGUAACUAUGUGUGACUAUGUGUGGAUCCCUGAGCUGGACAGACUAGACCUGGAAUCAGUUCACUUGCACUCUUGUUAUGCUUUUGGGUUUGGUUUUCUAGAGCUUUUUGUAGAAGCUUGUGUUCCAACUUCAGAUCUACCCUUAUUCUAAUUUUAAAGAGUUGUUACAGGAGAAUAAAAAUGGAUUCUUAUAACUUGC